GGAGCUAUUAUUUACUGGCGGCCAGUCAGCGUGCGUGCUACAGUAAGCUCUUCGCAGAUCCAUCUCAAACCUAAAGCGCGCACCUACACUAGCGAGCGCACAUUCCAAUCAACACAUCAGCUUUGUUUGUGCAAUUUCGAUAGGCGAAUAUUUGCGCGUGAGACUAGGUGGGGUUCUUAAACGGAUUAUUGAUCCCGUCGAAGUUGCAUCUACAACAAAUGAAUGCGGAUAUAGACAGUAGGAAAUAGGAAUCAUCCUGCAGCGAGGAACGUUCCCAGCUUCAAUAUUCUACACCAAGCUGUCCUGUCCACCUCUCCCAAGUGGUCGGUGGUACGUAGGCUAACAUAUACCUACGAUAUAGGUAUUUCCGGACAGACACUAAACGUUUCUAGGCUACUUUUACACAAAACAUCGAGUUUUCUGUCUUUCUUAUGAUGGGAAGCACUGUGGCGGACCCCAAGAAGAGAGACGUGAAGAAGAAGAGUGUAAGGAAGAGGAGAUCGCUUCGGCUGAACAUGCCCGACCUCAGUUCUUUUGCCAUGCCCUUCCUUGAAGGGGAGGCAGACCAUGUGGACAAGGACAGCUCACACAAGGGUGAGGGGAACUGCCACUCUGCCAGCCCCACCAAGGGCUUCUUCACACGGGGGCCGUUCAGCCGGCCCUCCAGCCCCAAAUCAGCCCCGGCCAGGACCAAGAACAGCCCUGGCUCCCCCAAGACCAUCUUCCCCUACCCUCCCUCCUCGUCCGCCUGCCACCAGGACUCCCCUCCCAAGUCCCCCCGUAGGUUGAGCUUCUCCGGAAUCUUCCGCUCGGCGUCACGUGACUCCGCCUCUUCUUCUACCUCCACCUCUCCUGUCAGCAUCAAGCUGUUCUCCCGUGCCAGGAAGGCCUCCAGUGUGUCAUCACCCCCCUCGACGCCCUCCCUGCCCCCCCAUCCGGCCUCCCAGCCUGCCCCCGCGUUCCCUCUGGAGUUGUAUCGAAGUGAGCCAGAGAGGCUGGAGACCCGCCUGCGUUCCUACUCCUCUCCCCCAGACACAGGCCAGCGUUACAGCCCGCACACAUCCUCCUCCAGGCCUCCCCACACACCUUACACCACCAUCGCUACCUCGCGAAUGGUUUACGCUGUUGCUGAAGGCAUGCUGGAGAAAUUGGACCCUGACGAUGCAGCUGUUGAGAAAUCCGAGAGGGAUAUCUACAUGCGCUUCAUGAAGUCGCACAAAUGCUAUGACAUCGUUCCCACCAGCUCCAAAUUGGUGGUGUUUGACACCACCCUACAGGUGAAGAAGGCGUUUUUCGCCCUCGUGGCCAAUGGGGUGCGAGCGGCCCCAUUAUGGGAGUCAAAAAAGCAAAGCUUUGUGGGUAUGUUGACCAUCACAGAUUUCAUCAACAUCCUGACCAGGUACUACAAGUCUCCAAUGGUUCAGAUCUACGAACUGGAGGAACACAAAAUUGAGACAUGGAGAGAGCUGUAUCUUCAGGAGACCUUCAAGCCUCUGGUGAACAUCACACCAAAUGCCAGUAUCUUUGAUGCGGUAUACUCCCUGAUCAAGAACAAGAUCCACCGUCUGCCUGUCAUCGACCCCGUUAGUGGGAACGCCCUCUACAUCCUCACACACAAGAGGAUCCUAAAGUUCCUGCAGCUCUUUGUGUGUGAGAUGCCCAAGCCAGCAUUCAUGAAGAAGACUUUGGAGGAGCUGAAUAUUGGGACGUACAGUAACAUAGCCUUCAUCCACCCUGACACGCCCAUCAUCAAGGCCCUCAACAUCUUUGUAGAGAGAAGGGUCUCUGCCCUUCCUGUAGUUGACGAAUCAGGGAAGGUUGUGGACAUCUACUCUAAAUUUGAUGUCAUAAACCUGGCCGCUGAGAAGACCUAUAACAACCUGGACAUCACGGUGACCCAGGCCCUCAGACACAGGUCUCAGUACUUUGAGGGAGUCAUGAAGUGUAACAGGAUGGAGACUCUGGAGACCAUCGUAGACAGGAUAGUGAAAGCUGAGGUCCACAGGUUGGUAGUGGUGGAUGACAACGCCAGCAUAGUGGGGAUCGUCUCUCUGUCUGACAUCUUACAGGCACUGGUGCUGACCCCUGCUGGUAUUGGCAGGAAGGAGUCAGAUACGGAAAUGGGACCGAAAAUAGUGGAGCCACUGAUGGAAACAGAUGUAGAACCCGCAGAGGCAACCGGAGAACUGGAGGGGGAACCACCUGCAGAACCAGACGUAGAAUCACUUACGGAACCUUUAACUGAACCGGUGGAAGAAUCACAUGUGGAACCUUUAGCAGAACCGGAGAUUGAUGCACAGUUUGCUGAAGAAGCACUGACUGAAGAAAAGACAGAGACUGCUGUGGAACAAGAGGCUGGGGUUGAGGCUGAGUCUAGGGUUUCUGGGGCUGAGACUGGGAGUGGAGUUGAUGCUGAAGCUGGGGCUGAGGGUGGGGCUGGGGUUGGGGAUGAGGCUGAGGCUAUUGGUGUGGAUGAGGUUGGGGCUGAGACAGGGGGUGGGGUUGACACUGACGCUAUGAAGGAUGUGGAUGAAUUAGAAGCUGUCGUGGAAGUAGAGGCUGACACAGAAGAACUACAAGAGACUGAGGCAGAGACUGAGGCAGAGACUGAGGCAGAGACUAAGGCAGAGACUGAGGCAAAGACUGAGGCAGAAACUGAAGAAGAGACUGAAGCUAACAUACAUAUUGAUGCAGAUAGCAAAACAGAGGCAGAGGAUGAGCUAGAGGCUGAUAUAGAGGCUGGGGCAGAGGAUGAGCUAGAGGCUGAUAUAGAGGCUGGGCCAGAGAGUGAGUUAGAGGUUGUGGCAGAGACUGAGGCUCAGUGUGAGUCGGAUGCUAAGGUAAGAGUUGAGACAGGAGUUGAAACAGAGAGAGAAUCUGAUUCAGAUGCAAGGACAGAGACAGAGGCCGAGACAGAGGCCGAGACAGAGGCCGAGACAGAGGCAGAGACAGAGAAAGAGGCGGUGAUCGAGGCAGAAACAGAGAGUGAGGCAGGCCUACAAGACGAGUCAGAGGUCCAGACAGAAGUAGCAGAGUCUGAUGUUGAUCUACAGCUGGAGAGUGAGGCUGAGGCACAGAGCUCUGAGGCAAACACAGAGCAGAAUGAGGCAGGGGCAGUGUUAGAGGCAGAGUGAUGUCAGAACCAGGGACUCUCUGUGAUUGGUCAGAAUUGACGUGAAGUUACGCUGCCGUGAUAGGAAGUAAAGGAACAGGAUGGGGGUGGGUCAUAGCCCCCAGGCUGAUGUGGAAUUGGCCAGAAGGCAGGCUUGGAGAGUUAUGAUUGGUCAGGGUUAAUGUGGGGCUCUCAGAGACAGGUGGCUGAUAGAACUUUGUCAGGUUGGAAAGAGGGGUUAUGUGGGACUUGUGAGUGAACCUAACAGGUUUAGCUUCGGUUUCCCCCUCCCCCUCAUCGUUACCCCCCUAUCUGAAGCACCUAGGAUAGAGUACACUGUCAUCAACCCUCCUUUAAUUCAAAACCAGGUUUUACCUUGUGGUUGUUGGGAUUGCUUGAUUCCAAGCCUAAAAAGACAGGAUAUUUAAAUGAGGACCACAACCCAUGUCCAGACCCCACCCAGUCUUCUCUGGGCUCUCUGCUCUCUGGGGAUCAUUGAAACCGUGCAACCUUCUUUUAAAGCCUUUUCAGUUUUCAGUAGUGAUGUAAAAGUCUGUGGCUCUGUGUGUGGUCCUCUGUCCGGAUUAACUUUAGGGCUUGGGUUUCUGUUGAUGACAAUGGAGUCAAAAGGCUUAAAUGUUGUCAAGCUUGCCUGAGGAAUAUUCUAGAAUCAACAAGAGGAAACUCUUGUUUCAGAUUCACAUACUACUUUAAAAAUAUUUAUAACAUGUUCUGUUGUUUCCUACCAUCUGAAAUACAAUAUCCACAAUCUUUAUUUGCACAGGGUUCUCAGGGAACUAAGCAGAGAGGGGAGUGUGUUGGGAGAACCCUGUUUAAGACCAAUCCCCCAUAAUGCACUACUUCUCUAAUGUCAUGCUUGUGCGUCAUUGGUGCCUUUCAUUCAUCUUGUGGCCCACCAUCACCAUGUCUUGGGAGAGAAUAUAGAAAGGGAGGAAGAGUGAGUGAGUGUGUGAGUGAGAGAGGAAAAGAGUGUAAUUUAAUCUGAAUGUGAAUGUUACAGCAAACCAAAACCAUAGUCCAGCUAUGGAUGAUAUUCCCUACUGCUAUAAUCAUCACUCAUAGAUUUAUUUGCUGAAAUCAAGAUUAUUUAAGAAUCAAAGUCUAUUAUUUUCAUGAUAUGUUCAUCAACUUGAAAUGAUGCUGUAAAGAUAAAGAUUUAAAGUUGUAUUUAUUUAUUUACUGACAAAUUUGUGUUUUUUGUUCUGAUAUCUUGAAGAUGGUGGAAUUGGAGAAGAGAUAACCCACCGUAUGUCAUAAUGCAGCCAGAUUUACUGUAAAUGUACAAUGUGGACUGGAGGAAGACACUAACUGUUCUUUCUUACAUUACCCAAACCCAUUUGUUUCCAGGCCUUUCUGAGACAUGCAGAGGCAUCUGUUCUCUGUAAGCAAUCAAACUGUAAAUAAAGACAAACCAUGUAAAAAAAAAAAAGAAAACAUUACAAUAAGGUGAGAUGAGAAUGGAAAUUAUGUGUUGUAUGGAUGUUUGAGGGUUUAGCGCUAUGUUGUGGUGCUUUGGUGGAACUGCAAUGAGAACGAGACACGUUUAUGGUUUCCUGGAAACA